GCAGCAGCACACAUUCAUCCAGAGAAACAGCAGCAGCAGCAUUUCCCCAUCAUCCUCCACCACCGAGAGAAAAGGAGAUGCUUAACAAUGAAUGUUAUGGACUUUAGUGUGGUUGUCACAACUUGAGCUUUUUUACUUUGAUUCUUCCUUAAGAAAACCAUCCAAAAACAAUGGAGAACAUGUUACUACUACUUUGAGGAUUAUAUAAUUUAAGAUCAGGCUCGUGACUGGAUGAAGAAGAAGCAUCUAGACACAAUUCCUGAGAGUCUACAAGCGAGGAAAGGGUUCGGGAGGGGUGACAGUCUGACCAAGCCAGAUCUGUAGAUGGAGUUCAAGGCUGAGCGAUGAAAACAACUAUCCAUUGCCAAGAAAACAUGAAGAAUACCGUGAAAAUUUCAUCAGUUUUCUAACCGAUCAACGGUAACAGGAUGAACAUGGAUAUUCAAAAUUUAACUGCAAGUGGAAAUGUCUCUGCUAUUCUGCCUGCCUCAUACAGUCUUUUGGAAGUCAUAACCAUUGCAACAGUAUCAGCAGUCGUGAGUCUCAUCACAAUAGUGGGGAAUGUACUGGUGAUGCUCUCUUUCAAGGUCAACAGCCAACUUAAGACUGUUAAUAACUACUACUUACUCAGUUUAGCUUUUGCAGACCUCAUUAUCGGCGUGUUCUCAAUGAACCUGUACACAUCCUACAUUCUCAUGGGAUACUGGUCUUUAGGAAACAUAGCAUGUGAUCUGUGGUUGGCACUUGACUAUGUUGCAAGUAACGCAUCGGUGAUGAACUUGCUGGUCAUCAGCUUUGACAGAUAUUUUUCUAUUACAAGACCACUUACCUACAGGGCUAAAAGGACCCCGAAACGUGCAGGCAUCAUGAUUGGCUUGGCGUGGUUGAUAUCGUUUAUAUUAUGGGCUCCACCCAUUCUGUGCUGGCAGUACUUUGUUGGAGAGAGAAAGGUUCCUCCUGACCAAUGCCAGAUCCAGUUUUUCUCAGAACCCAUAAUCACAUUUGGUACAGCCAUAGCGGCCUUUUAUGUACCGGUAUCCAUCAUGACAAUCUUAUAUUGCAAAAUCUACAAAGAAACAGAAAAACGUACUAAGAACUUAGCAGAACUCCAAGGAUACCCAUCACUGGACAGCCAUGAAGACCCUAAAGUACAUCAGCCAAUACUACGAUGCUUUAGCUUUAAAAACAAGAGGGACGGGACACAAGCAUCAUGGUCUUCAUCCAACCAGAGUUACGUAACUAGGACAACAUUGCAGUCUGAAGACUUGUGGACAAAAUCAGAGCAGGUCACCACCCUGAACAGUUACACAUCAUCAGAGGAUGACGAGCGGUCUGUCUCUGAAACAACCCCACGCGAAUCAUUCAAGAACCAAGAAUCGACAGUCAAUAAAAAUGGACAGCUCGUCUGUUAUGAAGACAGCAAAUACCUAAGUGAUCUUGCAAAAUGCUCCCAGACAAACAAUAAAAAAUGUAUGUCAUACAAGUUCAAGCCGAUCCUUAGCGACAUCACUGCUUUGCAAGGUAGUACCGAAGCCGAUAGAACAAACACAGAUCACUGUCAGUCCUCCGAGCCACAGGCUCCUUCAUCCACAUCCUCUUCUACCAAACCAGAAGAUCCAAACUUGAAGAUCCAGAUGACCAAGCGGAAACGAAUGGUCCUUAUCAAAGAGAAAAAGGCUGCUCAGACUCUCAGUGCCAUUCUUCUGGCAUUCCUCCUCACCUGGACCCCAUACAACAUCAUGGUGCUCAUCUCCACCUUCUGUUCUGAAUGCAUCCCAGUGUCCCUCUGGCAUCUGGGUUACUGGCUCUGCUAUGUCAACAGCACCAUCAACCCCAUGUGUUAUGCCCUAUGCAACAAGACCUUCCAGAAGACCUUUCGGAUGUUAGUCCUCUGCAAGUGGAAGAAGAACAGAGGAGAGGAGAAACUGUACUGGUGUGGCCAAAACCAUUAAAUAACAGCAGAGACCGCAGACUGUAGAGCAUGAUGAAUGAACAAGAACAAUUGUUAUAUUAAAUGGCCAUUAAAAUUACAUUUUAGCUUAUGAUGUGCAUACAGUGCCACAGACCAUAUUCCUUGCCAUGUUCUAGGCAAUAUUUUUGUGUACAUAUUGUUUAUAUUGCCAUAUUGAUAUGAAAAAAAAAAAAAAAUCAAAGUUUUCAAAGUUUAAAGAUCUCUUAACAUGUUUACACAAUUGU